AUGUCAAACUCUCCCGAGGAGCUCAAGGGGAUCGCCAUUGCAGGGCGAGUCUCUUCAGUUCUCUCUAUCCUGGGUUCAUUCACAAUAAUCGGUGCCUUCUCUCUUUCUCGGCACUUCCGGAGUCCUAUUCACCGUAUUAUAUUUUUCAAUUCCUUCUAUAACCUGUUCGACUCUGUCGCUACCAUGAUAUCCACCAGUGGACCUGCCGCUGGAAACACUUCAUCCCUAUGUCGAUUCCAAGGCUUUGCUCUCCAGAUGUUUCCAGUAGCUGACGUGCUCUGGACAUUCGCAAUGGCCUGGGAUACAUACUUGGUUGUCUUCUAUCAUUUUGAUACUCAAGCUUUGCGCAAGCUCGAGGUUAAAUACAUUGGUGCUAUAACUAUUCUCUCGUUCAUUCCUGCCUUUGUCUUCCUCUUCAUCCAUACUCAAGAGAAAGGCCCUAUAUAUGGUGAUCAAAUCAUCUGGUGCUCAAUAUCCCGCAGUUGGAUGCUUCUCCGCAUAAUAUUCUACUAUGCACCCGUAUGGCUGAUAAUAGUCAUCGUCCUAAUACUAUAUUGUCUCAUCGGUAUCGAGAUCACCCGAGUCCGCGACGAGUUCAAACUGAGCGACGACGAUCGUAUCGCUCUAACCUCUGGCAACUCUUCCAACAGCGUCGCCACAACAACUACGGAAGCGAAUACUCGGGUGAAACCUGGUUCCACCCCGGAAUCUACUAUGACAAGCGAUACCAGAGAACAAAUCACGUUCCAGCACCCGCCUACAUCCAGAAAUGCCACGACAGGUUAUCAAACUCCGAAACAAAGACGUGUAUCGUUAAGGCAAUACGUGAUCAUGCCAUCGCUUUUCUUCCUUGCCAUGUUAGCAACAUGGAUUGCACCUUCGAUCAACCGUAUCUCGGAAUUCGUGCAUCAUAAACAUGGGAACUAUUCGCUUCUGCUCUCUGGUGGAAGAGACGAGCUUCGGGGAAGAGAAUGGCUCUCAGACAGACGAGAAUUGGUCGUGAAUGAUUCAGACGCCUUUGUUUUCCAUGUUUAA